CAGCAAGGCAGCUCUGGCUUCACUCACACACGCCUCCCUACUGCUCUUUUACUUCAGUGUCUGAAACGGCGCUGUUCCUCUCUUUAUCACACGUUAAUUAUUACGGCAGUACAGCGUGAGUGGGAUUAUGAAGAAAUGUUCCACCAAAGCCUCCCUCUCCUGCACUAGUUACCACACUCCAUGCUGCAACCACUUUUGGAAGGUUUGCUGUUGGUAGCCUUUUGGCUUGGAAAGAAAGGAGAGCUCACAAACCACAUCAGCUGUUGUCGAGGCGCAUAUGGUGCAUUGUUGCCAUUCCCAGGCCUACAUCCUCAAGGCUCAGCCUUUUGCUGCCCUGCUGUGCAAAUAGGAUUUGUCAUAAGACAGGAUAUUAAUACGUUUAGCGUUUUAUUUAUUUAUUUAUUUUUUAUUUUUGGUUCACACAAAGAAGCUAAAGGUCUUUUUUGGGUUUGCCCUCCACUGCCUCGGAGGUGGUGGUUGAGUAGCAUAGGCCAUGGAGCCCAAUAUGGAGUACUGUCUGGCACAGGUGCUACAGAAAGAUGUGGGUCGGAGGCUGCAGGUUGGUCAGGAGCUCAUUGACUACAUCACUGAUAAGGAGAAGUCUCAUGACUUGGAGCAGGAUCAGACUGCAUUGGAUAAGAUGGUGGAUGGACUUGCUUCCUCCUGGGUCAACUCCAGCAACUUCAAGUUGGCUUUGCUGGGAAUUGACAUUUUGUCUGUCUUGGUGACAAGAUUGCAAGACCGUUUUAGGACCCAGAUUGGAACAGUUUUACCUAGCUUGAUAGAUCGAUUAGGUGAUGCCAAAGAUCAAGUCAGAGACCAGGAUCAGACACUGCUGCUGAAGAUCAUGGACCAGGCUGCUAACCCGCAGUACGUAUGGGACAGAAUGCUGGGGGGAUUCAAACACAAAAACAACAGGACCAGAGAAGGAGUCUGUCUUUGUCUUAUUGCAACAUUAAAUGCGUAUGGUGCCCAGGGUUUAACUCUAAACAAAAUUGUACCACAUAUAUGUAAUCUGCUGGGAGACCCCACAAGUCAGGUGAGGGACAGUGCCAUGAAUUGCCUUGUGGAAAUAUACAGACAUGUUGGAGAAAGGGUUAGAGUGGACCUCAGCAAGAAAGGAUUACCACAAUCACGGCUGAAUGUAAUUUUCGCCAGAUUUGAUGAAGUCCAAAGAUCUGGAAACAUGAUCCUCUCUUCUGGGUCAGAUAAGAACUUUGAUGAUGAGGACUCUGUGGAUGGAGGCAGGUCCUCCUCUUCCACUUCGUCUAAAGGUUUCUCCAGCAGCAGGCGAGGAGGAAACAUGGGCUCAAUGAGACGACCCGGUUCUGCCUCAACACCCAGAACUGCAGGAAAAGAGGGAGCUAGUGCAGGAGCUGUUGAUGAGGAAGACUUUAUGAAGGCAUUUGAAGAUGUCCCUACUGUGCAGAUCUAUUCCAGUAGAGAUCUGGAAGACUCCAUGACUAAGAUCCGUGAGGUCCUGUCAGAUGAUAAACAUGACUGGGAACACAGAGUGGCAGCUCUGAAGAAAGUACGCUCACUGCUCCUGGCAGGAGCUGCAGAACAUGAAGGUUUCCUUCAACAGCUCCGACUUUCGGAAGGUGCCUUCAAGCUGUCUGCAAAAGACUUGCGCUCCCAAGUGGUUCGGGAGGCCUGCAUCACUCUUGGGCAUGUGUCUUCAGUGUUCGGGAACAAAUUUGAUCAUGGAGCAGAGGCCAUCAUGCCCACGCUGCUCAAUCUUGUGCCUAAUAGCGCCAAAGUCAUGGCCACAUCAGGUGUGGCUGCUAUCCGUCUUAUUUUACGGCAUACGCACUAUCCUCGUCUUAUCCCGAUCAUCACCAGUAACUGCACAUCUAAAUCAGUGGCUGUUCGAAGACGGUGUUAUGAAUUUCUAGACCUGUUGUUGCAAGAAUGGCAGACACAUGCACUCGAGAGGCAUGUUGCAGUUCUCACUGAGACCAUCAAGAAAGGAAUUCAUGAUGCUGACUCGGAGGCCAGAUCUAUAGCCAGAAAAUGUUAUUGGGGAUUUCAUGGGCACUACAGCCGAGAGGCAGAGCACCUGUUUCAGGCUCUGGAAUCGACCUAUCAGAAGGCCAUCCAAUCUUACCUGAAGAGUUCUGACAGCAUUGUGUCACUGCCUCAGUCUGACCGUUCCUCCUCCAGCUCACAGGAGAGCCUCAAUCGACCGCUUUCUGUGAGGAGUGUGAUCGGAGGAAGCAUGACCAGAAGUAAGGUGGUGAGCUCCAGAGCACCGUCCACCCCUGGCUCACUCCAGCGCUCACGCAGUGACAUUGAUGUGAAUGCUGCUGCCAGCGCCAAGUCCCGGAUGCCUGCUGUGCCCUCACUUCCCUCUCCUUCCCCUUUCAGCUCAGCUGCAGCCCUCCCCCCAGGAUCCUAUGCCUCUCUGGGUCGCGUGCGCACCAGAAGACAAAGCUCCGGAAGCGCUACUGGUGCAAACACUACAGUAACAGACAGCCGAGGUCGAAGCAGAGCUAAAGUGGUGUCUCAGUCCCAGCCUGGCAGCCGUUCUAGUUCCCCAGGAAAGCUGCUGGGCCACACAUAUGGCAGAGUCUCACGCACUACAGCUGUGGCUUCUACACCCUCAGACAAACGAGCAAGGAUCCCAAGAAGCCAGGGCUGCAGCCGAGAGACCAGCCCAAGCAGACUGGGCAUAGCUGAGCUGUGUGGUAAAGCUCUUCUUCCUGCUGCUUCUCGUUACCGCAUGCUAGCCCGGAGCAGUCGUAUCCCGCGCCCCAGCAUGAGUCAGGGCUGCAGCCGUAACACGAGUCGCGAGAGCAGCCGCGAUACCAGCCCUGCUCGGGGUUUCACUCCUCUUGAUCGAUUUGGGCUAAUCCACCAAGCUCGCAUUUCUGCCUCCGUCAAUGCCAUGAGAGUUCUGAAUACAGGGACCGAGGUUGAGGCAGCUGUGGCCGAUGCUUUACUGUUAGGAGACUCCAGGAAUAAGCGUAAACCUAUGAGAAGGCGGUACGAGUCUCCAGGGAUGUACUCGGAUGACGAUGCUAACAGUGAUGCAUCGAGUGCAUGCUCUGAACGCUCAUAUGGAUCCCGUAAUGGUGGGAUUCCACACUAUCUCCGGCAGACCGAGGAUGUUGCUGAGGUGCUUAACCACUGUGCCAGCUCCAACUGGUCUGAGAGAAAGGAAGGACUCCUGGGCUUGCAAAACCUACUUAAGAGCCAGCGUGUCCUUAGCCGAGUGGAGAUGAAAAGAUUAUGUGAGAUCUUCACGAGGAUGUUUGCAGAUCCUCAUAGCAAGGUGUUCAGCAUGUUCCUGGAGACUCUGGUAGACUUCAUCACUGUUCAUCGAGAGGACCUUCAGGACUGGCUUUUUGUCCUGCUCACUCAGCUGCUAAAGAAGAUGGGUGCUGAUCUUCUGGGUUCAGUUCAGGCCAAAGUCCAAAAGGCUCUGGAUGUUACUCGCGAGUCUUUCCCAUUCGACCAACAAUUUAACAUUCUUAUGAGGUUUAUUGUUGAUCAGACACAAACUCCCAACUUGAAGGUUAAGGUAGCCAUCUUGAAGUACAUUGAGUCCCUGGCAAGGCAGAUGGACCCUGCAGACUUCGUGAAUUCCAGUGAGACAAGAUUAGCUGUGUCCCGUAUCAUAACCUGGACCACAGAACCCAAAAGCUCUGAUGUCAGGAAGACCCUUCAUAACUGGGCGAGUGAGGAGUUUUCAGGCAGACCAAGCACUACAGCCGUGUUACCUGGAGAGGGUAAUCUGGAGGAAAGGUGUAAGCAGGCUGCCCAGGUGGUGCUGAUCUCUCUCUUUGAGCUAAACACACCUGAAUUCACCAUGCUUCUUGGAGCUCUACCCAAAACAUUCCAGGAUGGAGCCACCAAGCUCCUCCACACCCACCUGAAGAACUCCAGCAGCACCAGUGGAGUGAGUUCUCCCAGCAACACAAUUGGCCGUACACCACCCAGGCAUCCGUCCAGCAGGACGAGCCCCCUCACUUCUCCCACUAACUCCUCUCACACUGGCCUUUCACCAAGUAUGCUAGAGUAUGACACGGAGAAUUUGAACUCUGAUGAAAUCUACAGUUCGCUGCGUGGUGUUACAGAAGCCAUCCAGAGCUUUAGAUAUCGCAGUGAGGAGGACCUUAACGAGCCAAUCAGACGUGAAUUCAAGAAAGACGAUGGGGUUGGCAGGGAGACUGCAUCACCUGGGUCAGAUUCCCGAUUAGGUUUGGAUAUAGUUGAAGGAGGACGCACUGCCUUGGAUAACAAGACAUCUCUGCUCAACACCCCCUCUCCACGCUCUUUUGCUGGGCCAAGGACACGAGAGUUUGCACCAUAUGGCUAUGGAGACACCAUUGGUGGUUAUGAUAAGAGUGCUUUGAAAGAAGCGGUCUUUGACGAUGACGUGGAACAGUUCCGUGAUUGCCGUCGGCAGGAGUGCAGUGAGAACAAGAUGGUGCUCUCCAAGGGCUUUGCUCCUGACCUGGUGGCAGACCUGCUGAAAGAGCUGUCCAAUCACAAUGAGCGAGUAGAGGAGAGAAAAGGAGCAUUGGUGGAACUGCUGAAGAUCACCCGAGAAGACAGCCUAGCUGUGUGGGAUGAACAUUUUAAAACUAUCCUACUGCUGCUCCUGGAAACACUUGGAGACAAAGAUCACACUAUUCGAGCGAUGGCUCUACGUGUUCUAAAAGAAAUCCUAAGGAUUCAGCCAGGCCGCUUCAAGAACUAUGCAGAACUCACCAUCAUGAAGACAUUAGAGGCUCACAAAGAUUCUCACAAGGAGGUGGUAAGAGCUGCUGAAGAGUCUGCAUCCACACUGGCUGGCUCCAUCCACCCUGAGCAGUGCAUCAAGGUGCUGUGUCCCAUCGUGCAGACUGCAGACUACCCCAUCAACCUGGCAGCUAUUAAAAUGCAGACAAAAGUCGUUGAACGUAUUGCCAAGGAUUCUCUUCAUCAGCUGCUGCCAGACAUUAUUCCUGGCCUCUUACAAGGUUAUGACAACACAGAAAGCAGCGUUCGCAAGGCCAGUGUUUUCUGCCUGGUAGCUAUCUACUCUGUCAUCGGUGAGGAGCUCAAGCCCCACCUGGCGCAGCUCACGGGCAGUAAGAUGAAGCUGCUAAACCUGUACAUCAAGAGAGCCCAGACGACCAACAGCAACAGCAGUAGCUCGUCUGACGUGUCCUCUCACAGCUAAUGCAGAAGGCAUGCUCAUCAAUGCCUUACGCUCAGUAGUGAGAUCUUAGCUGUGCCUCCUUCACACCUUUUUGUUCCUCCUUUUUAGUUUAUUUUUUUCUGGAUUUUCCAACACAUUCUGCCCAUUUUCAUCAGUAUUUAUGUUCUCUUUCCUAAUUUCCUGAAUUUAAAAAAAAAAAUUGUUUGAAAGUUUCUUUACAGUGGGUUAUAGGGAUCAAAUCUUCAGAUUUUUUUUUUUUUUUUGACUGGUAUCAGUUACUUUAAAAAAAAAAACAUUAUAUUUAACAUUUAAUAAUGUAAUGUUGUUGUUUUUUUUUCCCAAAUCUCUCUAGUGUUUGAGAUUUUGACAUUAUUUUAAAUGAGGAACACUUGUAGGUUAAAUAUGUCACUUGAACAUAAGUUAGUGGUAGAGGAUCAUUUGGCUGGCCGAGUGAUUUAAAUGUGAUUUGAAAAGAUCAAGUGUCAUUUUAAGGUUAAACUAAAAUGACAACCAAAAAUGUAGGGUAAGUGUAUACAUUUAUUUAAAUUUGUAUUUAAAUACAAUGACAUGCCACCAGAUCUACACACGCUGUAUCGCAGAAAAUGAUCUAAAAUGUAUCCUUUGUUUGUAAUUGAAGGCUGUUUUAAAGUCUAUGGAUUUGUAUUAUGAGUUGCUUGACUUGAUAAGAAUAUCAAAUAGAUUUUUUUUGUUUGUUUGUUUUUACAUUAUAUUUUGCCCAGCCAUCAUGACACUAAUCAGCAUGAAUAAGGACUAACGACUGAGUGUAUAUUCCACCCAGAAUUUUGUGAAUUCAGUGCAAAUGUUCUGCUUUAACAUCAUUAAGAGGCAUGCUAAAUUAUUUUAUUGCAUUGAAAAAUUCCAUGAAACCUCCAAUCUGUCCGGUUUCAAAGUCGGUACAGUACGAAAUCUCCUAACCUGCUCAUGUUAGUUAUUUGUGCAGUAAUUCCACAGUGCAAAUAGGUUCAAAGAAUACACAGUUAAACUUAGUUGUUAGUCUUAAAUAACAGGCUGUUGGUUGGGCUAAACACACUCAGCUCCUCAGGAUGCAAGAAAUUCCUGGACUACUGUAAUUAAUAAAACAAUUUUCUUUUUUGCAGUAUUUGUAAAGAGUGUUGUGAAAUUCUGGGUGGACUACUACAUGAAUACACAUGCUGAAGGCCCAAUUUUCAUGAAAAUGACAAUCUAAAUGAAAGUAUAUGUAAAGUAUGAAUCAUUUGGAAGUUGUGAAAUGCUUAAAAUAAUUGUCAUACAUGAACUCUAACCGGUGCUUUAGUUUAUUCCAUUGAAAGGAAUAGGAUAUGGAGCGUCUGGAGUCAGACACAUUGAAUUAAUGGUUAAAGACUCCUGAACUACAGUCCCACCCAGACCCAGGUCAAUACUGAUCCUGCUGCUUAAUGAAGACUUUGCUCAAAUGUGUAGAUGACAAUGUGUAAAUGGCAGUGAUUCCUACUUUGAAGGGCAGUUGAAACUUCAAACACUACCAUGCUUGUUUAGUUUUAUCAUAUGUUUUGGCCGCUUAGACUGUUGGUUUUAAGUGUGAACUCUGUUUUAAAUGUGAAAAGUGCUAUAGAUACAGUACAUGUGUCUAUAGACUGUGUGAAAUCCCUCAAAAUGAUCAUAAAUUAAUAAUAGAAGCGUUGUCUAACGGCUGAACCUUUUACCAGUUUCUUCUGCAGCUUUUGCUAUCAGAUGCUUUUUGUACAUAAGUUGUUAUACACAAAAAAAAAACACAAAAACUGGGGUUUGCACUCUUUUUGCACGUUAGCAAAUAGCCUGCAUGUUUUGGAACACACCCAUCUUGCGCUGCAGCGAUUGGCCUUGUUAGUUUUUGAGACCUUGCCUCCUCAGUCCUAUGGUCAGUCUGUAAAUACAGUAUUAAUGCUUUCCCCAAGCAAGGAGGCAUCAAAGUAUAAAACUUAAACAGGGCUUAAUGAGGUGACCAAAAUAUCAUACGUUUGUCAGGCCAUAAACAACUUUAUUGUAAACUUUGGGUGAAAGCAUCUUGGUUUUAAAAUCAUACGACAUAUUGGUGCUUGUGGCUUUUGCGAAGGGACACUGUGUGCCUGCCUUGGUAAAUAUCCAGUUUUUUUUUUUUUUUUGUAGGGCAGCCAUUAACUGCUGAUGGCCUGACAUGGAAGAAACUUUAUCAUAUUGUUUGAAUUAGGUCCAAUUUAAAACUGAACCAACUUUGAGGGGAAACUUGAGUAUUAGUUCAUGAGUGGGUCUCAAUAAUCUGUGAAAAUGUGGGUCCACAAAAAGUAUUCCAGAAAAUUUUCUGCACAUCUUUAACUUUGUUUUUGUUGUGUAACACUCAUAUCUGUUUAUACAUUUAAUUUUCUUUUAUCAUGACUGUACAGUUGUGUUUUUUCCCUUUUUUAAGAGCCAUGUGUGAUAGAUUUGCAACCUGAACCUGUUUGCCCUAAAAUAAACCCCAAACCCUGACACUA